GACGUGGUGUGACGUUUACCCGCUGCGACUGCAAGUUCGUCGCAGCAGACGCAGGUACCGGCGAAUGGAGGUUAAUUUAGGUUAGGUUAACCCGAGUGGCGUUCAGUUUGCAGCUGACGGAUACGAUGGAAAACGCAACUCCUAUCAAAAGCAACAAUCCUGCUCCUACAGUAGAGCAGAUCAACUCGGACAGGAUCACCCAGCUUGCAAAUAAAUACUGGGCACCACAUACCACAAACAAGCAUCUGGCAUUCGAUUCGCAAGUAGUGGAUGACAUUUACGUACAGGAAAUAUGUGCGUCCAAGUUCUCUGUCCGGAGGAUCAUGAUGCUGGAGUUCAGCCAGUACUUAGAGAAUUUUCUCUGGCCAAAUUACAAGGCGGAGAGUGCUACGCGAGAACACACCAUGUCCAUUGUAGUCAUGGUGAACGAAAAGUUCAGAGAGCGGGUGCAAGUCUGGGAGGCGUUUGAGAAGAAUUCAACAGAGUUCGCUGGAUUUUUUCAAAAGGUUCUCGAGGCGUGCUUGGAAAAAAGUAUAAUGGACUUCAAUCUGAAGGAACAAACGGCAUUGAUAGUGUUCUUGAAUCAUUGUUUCAAUUCCAUGGAAGUGACCUUGGUUCGAGAAGAAGCCAAAAGACUGGUGUCACUGUCCAUGUGGAUCUCCUUGCAACAAGGCAGACGAGAACUCGAAUUUAGAAAGUAUCCGAAAUGGAGGAAGUAUUGGAAAAUUAUAAGGAAAAAAGAUAAUCCCACGUAUAAAGAAAAACUCGAAUGGGAACGCAAGUUCUUGCAUAAACUUAUGAUAAAAUUUAUGACGAUAUUGGAAACGAUUCCUGCAGAAGGACCUGUACUUCCGGAUAAAGUGCGUUACUGCGAGAGAUUUUUGGAGCUGGUCAUCGACCUGGAGGCUUUACUUCCUACCAGACGUUUCUUCAAUACUGUCAUGGAUGAUAAUCAUCUAGUGGUGCGUUGUCAAUUAUCUAAUCUGCUGCAUCGUCCAGAGGGAAGUUUGUUCGGACAGGUAAGUUGUCGCAGAAUAUUAAAUAAUUUAAUUUACAGUAUUGAGUUGAAUAUUCAGUUGAAUAUUAAGCGAAUUUAA